AUGGAGUUCAUGGAUUAUGCAAUCUAUAUGCUUUUUUCAUUGUUCUUUUUCAUAUGCAUUUACGUCGCCACGAUCCGAUCACAUCGUCGUGUCGGUAUCAAUCGUCGGCUUCCGCCUGGACCUAAUGUUUUUUCGUUCAUGAAAAGCAUCAUAAAACUCGGAAACAAACCGCACGAAUCUUGUGCUGUGUUUUCAAAACGUUACGGGCCUUUAAUGACACUUAAACUAGGAACCAAAACAACCAUAGUCGCCUCAUCUCCAGAUAUCGUCAAGGAAUUCAUUUACACAAAAGACAGAUCUUUCUCUGGUAGGCCGGUUCCAGAUAUAAGUCGUGUGGCGGACCAUUAUAAAUCCUCCUUGGUCUUGCUACCAACGGGUGAUAAAUGGGCGAAACUGCGGAGAAUGACUAAAGAAUAUGUGUUCUCAGUGCAACGUCUAGAAGUUAGUGAGAUCGUGCGUAUGGAGAAGGUACAAGAACUUAUUGACCAUGUUAAUCAAUGUUGUACCGAUAGAAAACUAGUGCAAAUCGGUGAUAUUGUAUUUACGACAAUUCUUAACAUUCUCUCUAAUAUCUUCUUCUCUAUGGAUUUGGCUCGAUAUGAUUCCGUCUCAUCUCAAGAAUUCAAGGACAUGAUGGGGGCAUUUAUGGGAAUUUGUGAAAAACCGAGCAUAGUUGACUAUUUUCCGAUUCUCAGAGCAUUGGAUCCACAAGGCUUAGUGCGACGUGGAAAAGUUUAUUUCAACAAGUUAUUGACGUUUUCUGAUAAGAUCAUUGACCAACGCUUGCAAACUAGAUUAAAUUCAUCAUCGUACAAUGUUACGGCCUCAAGCAACGACGUUUUGGACUUGCUUCUCAACAACCUCGAUCAGAAAGACGAAUGUGAAUUUAAUCGAAGUGACAUCAUACAUUUGUUUUUGGAUUUAUUCUUUGCGGGAACUGAGACAACAUCAAGUGCGUUGGAAUGGGCAAUGGCUGAGCUUAUUCAUAACCCAGAGAAAAUGACGAGAGCUCGAGUAGAAGUCUCUGAGAUCCUAAAAAACGACAACAGAAAUCUUAAGGAAUCAGACAUCUCUAGGCUUCCUUAUCUUAGCGCCAUUAUAAAAGAAACUCUUCGAUUAUAUCCUCCUCUCGCCUUUCUAGGCCCUCGCAAAGCAAUACAUGACGUAGCAGUCCAAGGCUUCAUCAUGCCCAAAAAUGCAGAAAUCCUAUGUAAUGUUUGGGCGAUGGGCCGAGACCCAGACAUUUGGUCAGAUCCCAAAGUUUUCAAGCCCGAGAGGUUUUUGAAUGUUAACAUCGACUACAAAGGUCAAGACUUCGAGUUCAUCCCAUUUGGUUCUGGAAGGAGAAUUUGUCCGGGAUUGAAUAUUGCACAUAAAAUGCUACAUAUAAUAUUGGGAUCGUUGAUUUACAUGUUUGAUUGGAAGCUUGCAGGAAAUACGAGCGCACAAGAUAUGGAUAUGGAGGGGAAGAUUGGAAUCACAUUGCAGAAAAAAGUACCGCUCAUGGCCAUUCCAAUCCGAUUAUGA